AUGAAACUUCGAAACCUAUUUUCGAAGAAAUCAAAAUCUGAUCCAACUGAGGACUCAAAAGCAGAGUCAUUUGACAAGGCUCCGCUGGGAACCUACGUUCUCCAUGAAGGAGUAGACGAAAUAGUUGCAGACAUCGUUUUCGUCCAUGGAUUACGAGGACAUGCCAUCAAUACGUGGUCUAAGGGUCUCGUUUGUUGGCCUCGAGAUUUUCUCAAGAAUGAUAUCCCAAACGCGCGAAUAAUUACCUGGGGAUAUGAUUCUAGUGUUGCAAAUGCCUUGAAAUAUGCAAGUAAGGAGAGCAUCUUCGGCCACUCAGAAACAUUGCUUGGUGAUAUGGAGAGGCUGCGCCGUGAUAAAGCUCUCAUAAAGUCAGCAGCGUACCAGAGCCAUGGCCGGCACCCGUCUCUAGGGGAGAUAUACCACAACACAAAGGGCGUAAUCUUUCUUGGGACGCCUCAUCGGGGGAGUGACAAGACCGAUUUUGCAAACAUCAUAGCCAACGUUGCAAAGGUUUCCUUUCGACAACCCAAUAAACAGCUCGUUGGCAUACUUUCUCCUGACUCAGACGUCCUUGAGAAUCAGCGAGAACAGUUCACGACUAUUACUCAGAAUACACCGAUUGUUUGCAUUAGAGAGGAACUCCCAACUGCCAUUGGCGUGAUUGUUCCCGAGUAUUCAGCAUCCAUGGAUGGCUUCAACGUACGAAAAGAUUCGAUACCAGCUAACCACAUGGACAUGACAAAAUUCUCACGCGCAAACGACAUUGGGUACCGAAGAGUAUCCGGCCAUAUUGUCUCUCUAGUUCAAGUUCAAGCCACCAAGGAGAAUAAAGAAAUUCAAAAGAGGAUGGACGACAUACUUGAAGCUUUACACUUUGAGACAAUAGACGACCGAGAAGAAAAAAUUGAAAGGGCCCAUGCGGAGACGUUUAAUUGGAUACUAUCCGAUCAAAGUCACUGUUCGACUGAAGUAAAGGGGAGCUCUAGCAUUGUUCCCUGGCUAUCUAAGGACACAAAGCCCAUCUGUUGGGUUAGCGGAAAGGCUGGAUCGGGGAAGUCGACACUGAUGAAGUACAUCUGGACAGAUGAACGAACAAGAACUCAUUUGUCGACGUGGGCCGGGGGCAAGCCUCUGCUUCUCGCAUCAUUCUUUUUUUACGAAAGAGGGGGAUCGUUUCAGAAAUCUCGCGAGGGACUAAUUCGAAGCCUACUCCACCAAAUCCUCUCACAGAAACGAGAGCUUAUCCCUAUAGUUUUUAAAGAUGAGUUUGAGAUUAAGGAGAUAAAACCCCCUCGAUUUUUAAGCUGGCCAAAGUUGAAAAACGCAUUCGAAAUUCUACUUACUCACACAUCCGACUCAUUUGAGCUUUGCAUAUUUGCCGAUGGUUUAGACGAGUACAGAAUCAUGGAUCGGAUGGAAGACUAUACUGAUGACGACUUUGAGCUAUUUUAUGAUGGCAAAAAUGAUGACGAAUCGGUAUGGGGGCGCAGCCACUGGAUAGCCAACGGACACAGGGAAAUUGCAGAGCUAUUUAAGGUGGCAGCUAGCACUACGAAUGUUAAAAUUUGUCUAUCUAGCCGCGAGUUGACUCCCUUCCAAGGAGCCUUUGAGGCCUUUCCACACCUACGACUACACAACCUUACUGCAACGGAUAUCACUAUAUUUACGAAAACCAAUUUUCAUAGUGGUAUCAAAUCUAUCCCGACAGUGGACGAAACAGAUGGCAUGGACAGGCUGGCAGAAGAAAUAGUUCUCAAAGCACAAGGAGUUUUUUUGUGGGUUCGCCUCGUAGUCGAUAUAUUAAUAGCUGGAUUCAACAAUGGCGAUACUGUCCCUGAGCUUCGGGCGAAGCUAGAAUCAAUUCCACCACGUCUGGGAGGAAAAAGGGGCCUCUACAUUGAGAUGCUAAAAAACAUUGAUCCAGAGUAUAGACUUCAAGCGUCUAGAUAUAUUAGGCUUUUACUCCAUGCCUGGAAUGAUCUUGAUCUUGUGGACCUUGAGUUUGCUGCGGAAGGACCCUUCGGGAGAAAAAGCAGUAGCAAUGCCAACUUAGAGAGCCUUCCCGAUGCAUUGAUAGCUGUUAAGGCCCCCUUCAAUCUUAUCCCAGAUGAGCGACUAGAGCCGCGGCGGAAGAAAAUGAGACUAAGGUUGAUGAGCCGCUGUGGAGGCCUUCUCGAGGCGCCAAAGAAACACGUGCGUUUUAUGCAUCAAACAGUCAAAGAAUUCUUUCUCAGGGAAGAAUUAUGGAUACAUCUGCUUCCGCAAGAGCCUCAAAGCUCUUUUGAUCCAAGCCUCGCACUACUAAGCGCAUGCAUCCUUAGGCUUAAGUGCCUAGAAGAACUCAUUUCCAAGCCAUAUGAAGGGCGUUACGGAGAGGCUUACGGACGGCUUUAUUUCGGCCUUGAUUAUAUAUAUACCGCGGAUUCGAUGCACUACGCAGCAUCAUCUGAGGGCCACGGCGCAAAUAAGGAGGCAUACUUCAGCCUUCUCGAUGAGCUUGACUUAACAUGCACACAUUUAGCCCGCGCAUUCUUUCUUCGUCAGCAAAUCCAGACUGGUCCAAUAGAAGAAUGCCACUGGAGUACACUCGAGCCUAUGAUAGAUUGUGAUAAAAAAGUCAGCAAAUACGACGGCUUUCUACCUGUUGCUAUUCAGGUAGGGUUGACCUCAUAUGUUGAAAGUAAACUCUCUGGCGGCAAUAUCUCAGUCGGAGCCAAAUUAGGGAAACCGCCGCUCCUAGCAUAUGCUGUUUCUCUUGAUCAUGGACUACCAGCUCUGGUACAUUAUAGCAGCGAUAAUAACGCUGCUAUUGGAUAUAGUUUACCUGAUAUCAGUGUUGUCAGACUCCUGUUAUCACUUGGAGCGGACACAAACGAACAAUAUGAUGGUACAACUGUGUGGAGUGAAGCCGUGGAAACCGGCCACAAAUGCUUUACUCGUCAGAGAAUUUUAUUUGCGCGAGGUAUUUCCAGGGCAGGCUUAAUUGCUCAAAAUAAAAGGCGCUGGAUUGAGGUAAUGAAGAUUAUGCUAAGGCAUGGUGCAAAUCCAGAGGAGAUAUGCCAUGACGCGCACGGCAUUGCUCCUUUAACUGCAAAGGAAGUAAUUCGAGAUAUUCUCAAGGAUAGCGCUGAAUAUUCAAAGGACCUUGUUGAGCUAGAAGAAAUUUUCAAGGGAAGAGCAGUAUCGGUAGUUUGACAAUCAAGACUCCGAUUACUGCUCCUGAAACUGAAGCAACCGGCGGCAAUAAUGGAAAACACAAUACGAUAAGCGGAGCGAUAUAUCUCACGUUAUUUGGCCCAGCCCCCCCCUUUUUUUUACAGAGGAUAACAAGUAUCCGGAUUCGGUUCUUGACUUGAAAACUAAGCCAUAAUCACGAUUCAAGCACUUUGAGAACAUUAAUAGAACUUACCUCUACAUUCCAUCUAUUCAUUUCUGAUGGCCCUGCGAGUUGUGGUCUGUAUAGCGGCGGACGCAUCUGUCGCAGUCCUCGGCGAUCACCUCGUUGUCGCUAGAUCGGGGGCUAGAUAGGCCGCUACAUCGUUGGCCAUUUUUGACCUGGCGGCACUCUCUCACCUCCUUGUUGAUGCACCCGCAGGCAAAAUAUAAGGUUACUAUCCAGCACAUGGUUGAUGUGGUUAUGGCGUUGUGGUGGGAUUGGAGCUGUUUGGCUAGGAAUUGUUGGUCUUGAUGAUUCUAAUGGCUAUGGUGCUUUUGAUGAUCCUGUUAGGGAUCUCGAUGAGGAAGUGAAGUGGUGAAUUUGAUUUGGGGCAGAUUGAUGGGAAUUUCGGGCGUAUUUAUACCUUUUUCUUCUUUCAUAGCUUGAGC